UGUUAAGUUAGGAGUGAGUGAUUGAUUUUCCACCAAAUUGAUCACACAAUUAUUUGUUCUACACUUCUUCCCUCUGACUCUCUCCGUCUCACCGAUCUCAAUCAUCACUCAUCGCCCUUUCCCAUUCAACUGGCAAGAAGAAGUAGAAGGAGAUUGUUUUUGUGUUUUAUUCGAAUCAAGUUCAAUGAAGCAAAUAGUGUCUUCUUUGAAUCCAUAUGCAGCAUCCUAUGUUCCACUCUCUAAAAGAGAGUCACAUGGUGCAACUGCUGAUCCAUUUCAGAGUCCUCCUUAUCAUGCUGCACAGAAUCAACACCAUCAGUUUCACUCGAGCGCUUCGGCUUCUAAACCGGUUGCCGAAACUUUCCAAGGGAAUAUCAACAACCCUGCAUCUAGUUCUUAUGGCUCGGUGCCGACAGGUUUUGUAGAUAACCAGUUCGCGGAUUAUGAUCCUGAUAUGGAUGUUGAAUAUCUUAGAAUGCAGUUCCCGGGUAUAUCUGAAGAAUCCCUUAGAGAUGUCUAUAUGGUAAAUGAGUGUGACAUCGAUGCUGCUGUUGAAAUGCUGAACCAACUUGAACUUAAGUUCGAUGGUGUCGAGUCCUCUGGAAAUCUUCCGGAGACGCUGGAUAUUGGCGAUGUAUCGGAAUCUGGAUCAGCUUCUGAUUCUGCAUCAUUGAAACUGAAGAAUGUAGCAGCUGAAGCUAGCACUUCAACUUCUUCAUCCCAUUUAUCUGCCAAUACAUUAUGAAAAUACAUAAAAAGAAAAACGAAUCUUUUGCUCAAAUUGGUGUGUAAAAUAGGGUAAAGUUUUACCUUAGGUUGAAGCAGCCUCUCACAUACAUAAUUUGUUUUCUUUUUUUAUUUUUGGGUGGUGUUUGUAUAGUUUCUCAGCUGCAUCUUGGUUUCUUUUUACCCCCUAUGGACUAUGGAGUAUGGAUUGAAAAAUGUUUCUUUAUUUUGAUUUGUUAGUUGUUACA